AUGUGGCUUGCGUUCUCGGGGCUGCGUUGGCGCGUAAAGGAAAGCGUCGAGGUGCUGGGCACGACAGGCCGAGAACCGCGAUGCACAACAUUACGCAGCAUGGCCGGAGAGAUGCAUUUGGACGCACCACCGAGCGGCUUCCAGGCAUGGACGUAUGCUGUUGUCGAGACAGGAACAGCACAGCGCAGCUGGACCGGCGACGUCAUGCGUCCAUUGUUGGGAGCAGGCUUGGGUGAAAUUGCGGGUGCACAAGCCGGGAAAACAGAAGACCAGCCAGCACAAGGCAGUCUACAGGAUCCCAGCCCGUCAGCUCAGGUCCUGGCGUGA